CUUCUCAGUCUCCUACUUGCCAGUUCACACCCUUCUCCUGUUUAUACCCUAUCGAGGCAUCUAUCAUCGCUCCUUAACUCACUACACCAGGAAGAAAAUGGCCGAUACGAACCAGGGAAGUCCUAAUGGCUCUCCAACUACGCACCCUCCUUACUGGCUCAGUCAUGGCCAUGGCCGUGUUCUUUAUCCUCUUUUCGCCAUCCUCAACGUUGUUCUUAUCCUCUUCUUGUACUGCUACAUCUCGCGGAAACUGUGCAAAAAGUCUCAGCAAUUGAAUGAGACCAACACGACCGCUGCUUCUUCCGCCAGCACCUCUCCCUCGUCCUCCCUGCGCCACGCCAGGCUCAAACCAGACGUGUUUCUGUCACUACCCGUCUUCGUGUACUCCAUGGCGAACGAGGGCAAACUGGAGUGCAGCGUGUGCUUAACGGAGUUCAAGGAAGGCGAUAAGGGACGGCUCCUUCCGAGAUGCAGCCACAGAUUCCAUGCCGACUGUGUCGACAUGUGGUUUCAGUCCCAUUCCACCUGCCCCAUUUGCCGGUCCGCCAUUGAACCUAAAGCUCCGGGAUCAGAUGAGGCAGUCUACUCGAUCAGGUUUAGACAGUUGACGCAGGAGGAAUUGACGUUGCGCCGGAAGAGAUCACGUCAGGAUAUUGGAUGGCUGAAUGCUUCGAACGUCAGGCAUCGGGCCAAGGAGAGCGAAAUUACGCCAAGGAUAUCGGGGUUGCGGAGGUCAACCGCCAAUUGGGCAACAAGCCGCAAGAGAGGACGAUGCACCGAAGAAUCGGACGAAGCGCCAACCAAUGACGUGCCGGGCAAUAGAAUGUCAAUUCGUGUUGUAAUAAUUGUCUAGAUCGGAGUUGAGUUUUGGUUUGUGUGUGCAGGAUUAACUACGAUAACGAUAAAGAUAUAAAGCGAAACAAAGUGCUGGAGUCAAGCGUGAAGGAUUUGUUGCGAGUUUGAGAGUUUGACGGAAGUCCGAAGGUUCGUCGGGAAUGCUGUCGGAACUAGCCGAGAAUGAGUAGGGAGCUUGCCGAAGGGUUUUUCGGAAGCUCGCCGGAAGGUUCGUUGGAAGUUUGCGGAGCUCACCGAGACAGAUCGGAGCUUGCCGAAGAAGCUCGUUGGAACUCGCCAAGAUCAAAUCGUGAAGUCUAGGAGCUUGCCAGGAGUCCGCAUAAUGGUUUUCGAGAGUUUAUCGGAAGACCGUCGGAAGUUCGCUAGAAAAUCGCCGGAAGAAGUCUUGACUUACGGACUUUGUAAUAGCUUAGAAAAUGUCUUUAAAUUCGUAGUUAGCACAUUAAUUAGGGUUAGGAUUAGGUGUUAAUCCUAUAACCCAAGUAGGGGCCAAUUGGGCCCGAGUUCGGACUGGUUUGGGCCAAGUUUGGAGCCCAACCAGUGAGCUGAUUUGGCCUAGG